AUGUCUGGCAAGAUCGUGAUGGCCGAUGCCACGGUUGAUGGCACCACCGACUUCCAGCCUCUUCGGAGCAAGCAGUACGACAUCCGGAAAACGCACAUCUCCGAGACGCCCAUUACCCUCAAGAACUGGUACAAGCACAUUGACUGGCUGAACACCACGUUUAUUCUUCUCAUUCACGUCGCCGCCAUGAUUGCCGCAUACUGGGUUCCCCUGCGGCGCAACACCCUCAUCUUCGCUUUAGUGUAUUAUUUCAACACUGGCUUGGGUAUUACUGCAGGAUACCACCGCCUCUGGGCUCACUCUUCCUACAAGGCCACUCUCCCCCUCAAGAUCUACCUGGCUGCCGUCGGUGCCGGCUCCGUCGAGGGCUCCAUCCGCUGGUGGUCCCGUGGCCAUCGCGCCCACCACCGUUACACCGACACUGACAAGGAUCCCUACUCGGUCCGCAAGGGUCUCCUGUACUCACAUCUCGGCUGGAUGGUCAUGAAGCAGAACCCCAAGCGCAUCGGCCGCACCGACAUCACCGACCUCAACGAGGACCCCGUCGUCGUCUGGCAGCACAAGAACUACAUCAAGACGGUUCUUUUCAUGGCCAUUGGCCUCCCUGUGUUGGUUUGCGGCCUCGGCUGGGGUGACUGGGCUGGUGGCUUCAUCUACGGCGGUCUUCUCCGUGCCUUUUUUGUCCAGCAGGCUACCUUCUGCGUCAACUCGCUCGCCCACUGGCUCGGCGACCAGCCGUUCGACGACCGCAACUCGCCGCGUGACCACGUUGUCACUGCCCUUGUCACGCUCGGCGAGGGCUACCACAACUUCCACCACGAGUUCCCCUCGGACUACCGCAACGCCAUUCAGUGGUGGCAGUACGACCCGACGAAGUGGACCAUCUGGGUGUGGAAGCAGAUGGGUCUCGCCUACGACCUGAAGCAGUUCCGCCAGAACGAGAUCGAGAAGGGCCGCCUGCAGCAGGUCCAGAAGAAGCUUGACCAGAAGCGUGCUACCCUGGACUGGGGUACGCCGCUGGAGCAGCUGCCUGUUGUUGACUGGGACGACUUUGUUGCUCAGACCAAGGAAGGCAAGGCCCUCGUCGCCGUUGCUGGUGUCAUUCACGACGUCACCGACUUUAUCAAGGACCACCCCGGUGGCAAGGCCCUGAUCUCUUCCGCUAUCGGCAAGGAUGCCACGGCAAUUUUCAAUGGCGGUGUAUAUAACCAUUCCAACGCCGCCCACAACUUGCUGUCCACCAUGCGUGUUGGCGUCCUCCGCGGCGGCUGCGAGGUUGAGAUCUGGAAGCGCGCUCACUACGAGAGCAAGGACAUCUCUUACGUCACGGAUUCGGCUGGUCGCCGCAUUGUCCGUGCCGGUGAGCAGGUCACCCGUGCUGCCCAGCCGGUUGCUACUGCUCAUGCUGCAUAG